AUGAUUCUUCGGAGGCUUGUUCUGUCUGCAGCAUCGACUUCAAAUCCCAGAAUAAGCCAAUCACUUUCAUCUUCUGCUAUUCUUCUUCUCUCAUCUUUAUCUUCAGAUAGAUAUGCGUCGUCGCCGCAACGAUACUCUGGUGAAGAUAAACUCGCCAGGCUAAAGCACAAGGACUGGCUAGCCCCAAACGAGGUUUUGAAGAUCUUUGAAAAUGUCAAAGAGCCGAGCUUUCUGAUACCGGCUUACCAGCAUUACUCUAAACGUAAAGAUUAUCAACCAACGGAACCUCUCUACGCCCUUCUGAUCAACAAGUUCGGACAAGCUAAGAUGUUCGACGAAAUAGAAGAAGUAAUGAGAAUUGUAAAGCUUGAGAAAAGAUGUCGUUUCUCGGAGGAGUUCUUUUACAAUCUGAUGAGAAUUUACGGGAAUUUAGGCGGUAGAAUCAACCGAGCGAUCGAGAUUUUGUUCAGUAUGCCGGAUUUUGGAUGCUGGCCAAGUCCUAAAAGUUUCAACUUCAUUUUGAAUCUACUUGUUUCCGCGAAGCUGUUCGAUGAGAUUCAUAAGAUAUUCGUGAGUGCCCCUAAGCUAGGUGUUGAAAUAGAUGCUUGUUGUAUGAAUAUACUCAUCAAAGGACUGUGUGAGAGUGGGAACUUGGAAGCUGCACUCCAACUGCUCGACGAAUUUCCUAAACAAAAAUCACGGCCUAAUGUGAUGACGUUUUCUCCUCUAAUCCGUGGUUUCUGCAACAAGGGAAAGUUCGCAGAAGCUUUUGAGUUGUUGGAGAGGAUGGAGAAGGAGCGAAUCGAACCAGACACGAUCACGUUUAACAUUUUGAUUUCAGGGCUUAGGAAGAAAGGCAGGGUUGAAGAAGGGAUUCAACUUUUGGAGAGAAUGAAGCUAAAGGGGUGUCAACCAAACCCUGGGACUUAUCAGGAGGUACUCUAUGGUCUCUUGGAUAAAAAGAGGAACUUGGAAGCUAAAGAGAUGAUGAGUCAGAUGAUUUCAUGGGGUAUGAGACCCAGUUUUCUGUCGUACAAAAAGAUGGUUCUGGGGCUCUGUGAAACGAAGUCAGUUGCGGAAUUGGACUGGGUUUUGAGGCAAAUGGUGAAUCAUGGUUUUGUUCCAAAAACAGGGAUGUGGUGGAAAGUUGGUAAUUGUGUAAUUUCGAAGACUAAUGACUCGCAAGAAAUUUUGAAUCUCGUUACUUGCCAAGACAAUCCUGAAUAAGGUUGUAUGCAUUCCGCUGUAUUGU